AUGAGCAAAGCACUCCAACAGUUGGUGGAGCACAUUGAUUUACGUGCUAUCAACAAUAAGCAAGAACCUCCUCUUGAAGGAGAUCAACAAGACGAUGUUUUAGGAGAUGAACUGGACACGGAAUUUUGGAUUAAGGUGAGCUUCGUGAAAUGUACUCAGAGGAAAAAUUCUUAUGUCAGGUAUUUUCAGAUAUCAGAACGAACUACGUGUAUGUCGGAAAUAAAUGUGUCUGAUCCUCAUCGAAAACUAAGCUUUAUUUUGGGGCAGGUGAGUACCUUAGAGGCUCAAAACGCCGAUUUAUAACCUCGGGAUGUGUUUAAGUCAAAUGGCUAUUCAGCUCCAGGUUAGCGAUCAUCUUUUACGUAUAGGUCCAUGAGAGGCAGAAAGAAGGGCAGAUGUUAUGGAACAGGGCAAUGGAUGAAGUUACUGUGGAAAGGCUGAUCCAGAAAUACAAAGAUAAUGGGGAACUGGACCGUGAGGAUCCAGCACUGUUAAUGUUAAAAGCUUGGCCAGCAUCUAGAAAGUACAAAAGUAACCCUGAUAAACUUCCAGGCCUUGAACAAGUGGUAUGUUAG